CAUAUAUUCACUUAUUCAUUUAUUUAUUUGUCUUAUAACAGUAUAGUAUAGUAAUAUCCUUGUCGUAAUGUUUAAAAGUAUAUUCGGUAAUCGACUACUGUCUAAUGAAGGUAGUACAUCUGACUAUGAAAUGGUAUAUCAAAGUCCCGAAGAUCUUGAAAGACAAAUACCAGUUCCAUUAGAUCGAGUAACUGGUUUAGGUUCAGGAUCUGGUUCUGGAUCAAUUUCAACUCCUAGUCCAAGAAAUGAAUCUGAUAUUGAUAUUGAUAAUGAUAAUGAUAAUGAUAAUGAUACUUUUCAUGAUAGUAAUAGAUCUCGAAGUUCAACCGAUUCACAAUCUUCAGAGAUAUUUCAAGAUAUUCAAUCAUAUUCAGCUAAACAUGAUGAGGAAGUCGAUGAUUUUAGUAAUAAUCCUGUAUUUCAAACUGUUUUAAGUAAAUAUAAAGGUUCUGAUGUGUUUGGUAAACGAAUAUUAAUUGGUAUUUCAUCAAUAAUACUUCUACUAUGGGUGAUUGGUUUAAUUAUAUAUCUGAAUCAAUCAGUCCAUCAAAUCAUAAAUAGUUUUAAAUGGCAAACCAAUGUCCAAGUAAGUGGUCAAAACAUUACAUUAAAUCAAUAUGAUCCAACAUUUUCAAAUGUUACAAUGUUAAAUUAUCAACAUGGUAAAUAUUUUGCAUUUAAAUCUGAAAUUAAUUGGCUCAAACAAAGUCAAUAUCAUAAAAAUCAUCCUGGUGGAGGAUACUUUCUUACUCGAGAAGGUAAACAAUCAUUUGUUAUUAAACAAAUUAAUUCUAAAUUUUCUGAACAACUUAUUGAUGAUGAUCAAUUUACUUACAGAAAUGAUUUCUUUCAUAUUGAAGAUUUAAUAUUAAAUCCUGCUCAUUCAGUUGAAGAUUGGACUAAUAAUUAUCAUAUGGUGGUUAGUGAUAAAGUUACUCAAUGGAGACAUCUGUCAUUUGCAUUAUAUUGGUUAGUAGAACCAAUAACAGGAGAAUUUAUUCCUAUCCAACCUCCAGUUAAUGAAAAAGAAUUAAAUAAUCCAAAUAAUAAUUUAAAACCAGAAUUACUUGAUAAACUUCACUUUGCUGAAUUUUCUCCCAAGGGUGAUCAUAUUGUAUAUGGAUUUGAUCAUGAUUUAUUUAUAAUUGAUUUAAAAACUUUACAAACUAAUCGAAUUACCAAUACAGGAUCUCCUGAUAUUUUCAAUGGUAAAUCAGAUUGGAUUUAUGAAGAAGAGGUAGUUGCUACUGAUAAAUUAUUCUGGUGGUCUCCUGAUCAAGAAAAUUUAAUAUUUGCUUCGAUUAAUGAUACUAAUGUUCCCAAUUAUGAAUUAGAUUAUUAUGUUAAGGAUCGUACUGAAGUGGGGACUCAAUAUAAAGAACUGGAUGAAGUUAAGGUUGAAGAUGUUAAUCAAUAUCCAAUUAAAACCAAUAUAAAAUAUCCUAAACCAGGUCAUUCAAAUCCUAUAGUGACUCUCUAUAAUUAUAAAUUAAAUGAUGAAUCACUUAUUAAGAUAGUUAAUAAUUAUGAUAAUGUGGGUAAUGAAUUUAUUUUAUAUGAUGCUAUAUGGAUUGAUAAUAAUAAUUUUUUAAUGAAACAAACUGAUAGAACAAGUACAAUAUUAACUAAAAAAUUAUAUCAACCAUCUAAAUCAAAUACUGUUUAUGAAAUCAAUUCUAUGAAUGUUACUCAAGAGUAUGGUGGUUGGGUUGAAAAAGUUAGUCCAUUAUUAAUUAUACCUAAUAAAGAUACUAAUAUAAAUUCAUAUAUUGAUAAAAUAGUUAUUGGUGGUAGAACUACUUUAGCGUUAUUUGAUACUGCUUCAUCAAAAACUUAUUCAAAAUUAUUAUUAGAUAAUCCGGAUUGGGAUGUUACUGCUUCAUCUCCAAUUAUAUUUGAUAGUCAACAGAAUUAUAUUUACUUUUUAUCUACCAUUAGAAGUUCAAUGGAUUCUCAUCUUAUGGCUAUAGAUAUAAGUACAGAUGAUGCAAAAUUAAUACCUAUAACUAGUCCAGAACAAGAUGGAAAUUAUUAUGUUAACUUUAGUGAAGAUGGUCAAUAUUUAGAUUUAUAUUAUAAGGGACCAUUACAACCUUGGCAAAGAUUAAUUAAUAUGGCUGAAAUUCAUGAUUAUCUUAAUGAAGAUGAAUCAAGAUUAAGUCAUGGAGCUGAUGAAAUUAUUCAAAAACUGCCAAUUAUAAAUCAUUAUGAAGUAACUAAGGAUAAUUUGAAACAAGUUAAUUUACCCACUCAAGUGUUUAAAACCGUUCAAAUUGAUAAGAAUGCCGAUGGAUCACCAAUUAAUUUGAAUGUAAUAGAAAUAUUACCCCCUAAUUUCAAUCCUGAUAAAGGAUUUAAAUAUCCUCUUCUUGUUCAUGCUUAUGGAGGUCCAGGAUCUCAAACUGUACAAAAAUCAUUUGAUAUUGAUUUUCAACAUGUUGUAAGUGCUACACUUAAUUCAAUUGUUUUAAUUGUAGAUCCAAGAGGUACUGGUGGACAAGGUUGGAAAUUUGCAAAUUUUGCUAAGGAUAAAAUUGGAUAUUGGGAACCAAGAGAUUUAACUACGUAUAUAUCAGAAUAUAUUUCAAAGAAUAAGAAAUUCAUCGAUAAACAAAGAGUUGGUAUUUGGGGAUGGUCAUAUGGAGGAUUCACUACCUUAAAGACUUUAGAAUAUGAUAGUGGAACUACAUUUAAAUAUGGAAUGGCAGUUGCUCCUGUAACCAAUUGGUUAUUUUAUGAUUCUAUUUAUACUGAAAGAUAUAUGAAUGAACCCCAAAAUAAUGAGAAUUAUAACAAAUAUCUGAAAAUAAUUAAUUUUGAUAAUUUUAAAUCAAUUAAUAGAUUUUUAAUAAUGCAUGGAUCAGCUGAUGAUAAUGUUCAUAUUCAAAAUCUGAUGUGGUUAUUAGAUAAUUUUAAUAUGAAUCUGAUUGAAAAUUAUGAUUUUCAUAUAUUCCCCGAUAGUGACCAUGGAAUUUAUUAUCAUAAUGCUCAAUCCAUCAUUUAUGAUAAAUUACUUCAUUGGUUAACAAAUGCAUUUACUGGUCAAUUUGAUAAUUUUAUAUAGACACUGUCUGUCCCAUGUCCCAUGUCCCAAUGCGGUAAUAAAUUUUUCGCAACCCUUUGAGUAUGGGACACGACCACAUUUUUUUUUCACUCAUCGCUCAAAUAAAAAUAUAUUUUUAGUUAGCAUUAAUACUUUAUACCAAUUUAAAUAAUCUCUUAAACC